AAGUUUUGCUCUACAGUUCCCGUCCGCCACUGCAGCCGCGCUGGGAGUUGCCGUCCAAAACACCUGGGAGCGCGUCAGGUUGGCGGAAGUUGUGCUGGAGUUCGUAUCUUCACUGUUCUCUGCUGAGAGACUGGAAAGAGCGCUGUAAUGCUGGGACAGGAUUCGAGGCUGUGUUUUCCUUUGGAGAUGGCAAUGUUGGAAUAAAUAAAGGACUGGCAUUUAUCUACAGUGUGUGUGCAUAUGUUGCUGUCGCUCUGUCAUUGGCAAGUGAGUCGCCGUGCAUUUUCCACUCUUCAAGAACAUGGGAAGGAUGUGUGUGUGUGUGUAUACACCGUAUUUUUUGCUCUAUAAGACUCACUUUUUCCCUCCUAAAAAGUAAGGGGAAAUGUGUGUGCGUCUUAUGGGGCGAAUGCAGGCUGCGCAGCUAUCCCAGAAGCCAGAACAGCAAGAGGGAUUGCUGCUUUCGCUGCGCAGCGAUCCUUCUUGCUGUUCUGGCUUCUGAGAUUCAGAAUAUUUUUUUCUUAUUUUCCUCCUCCAAAAACUAGGUGCGUCUUGUGGUCUGGUGCGUCUUAUAGAGCGAAAAAUACGGUGUGUGUGUAUACACACACAUACAUUUUUAUUGAUUUUUUUAACAUAUCAGUUCCAACAGUCAUACAGCAUAUCUUCUCAUCUUAUACAAUGUUUUAGACUUCCGUCAACACCUCUGACGAUUUUCCAUUCUUUAUCACUUAUUAUGCAUUUCUUAAUUUUUAUUUUACAUUUAAUUAUCCUUAACUAAUAAUUCUCUUCAUAGUCUUUCUUGCAAUGUUUCAAAUAAUCCUCCUUACAGAACUUCUUGCAGUCCUACUAGCGUAAUCUGUUCAUCACAGUUACUUUCCAAAUAGUCCAUAUAUUUACUCCAGUCUUCUAAGAAUCUCUGAUCCCACAGGUUUCGAAUCCUUCCUGUUAAUUGUCUAAUUCUGCGUAGUCCAUCAACUUCAUCCUCCAUUCUUUUUUUGUCAGUAAUUCUUCUUGCUUCCAUGAACAUGGGGAGGAUGUUAACACGUGCCGUGCAGCCAAAGGGGUCUCUCCUCCUUAAGGACCCCACCAAGGGCCUAGAAGCUGCUUUUGGCUCCUGUCCUAAGGUGCAUUCAAACAUGGGGGAAAGAAUGCUUGUUUUCCUUAUUAUAGAAUCAGAGUUGGAGGGGACCCUAGGGGUCAUCCAGUCCACCCCCUGCUAUGCAGGAAUCGCAGCUGAAGAAUCCCUGACAUUUGACCAUCCAACCUCUGCUUAAAAACCUCCAAGGAAGGAGAGUCCACCUCCUGAUGGAAUUCAUCCCUCUGUCAAGUGGGUCGUGCCUUCAGAAAGUUCCUCCUGAUGUUUAGCUGGAAUCUCCUUCCUUCCCGUUUGAGUCCAUUGGUUCGGAAGCAGCAGAAAACAAACUGGCUCCAUCUUCCAUAGGAGAGGCCUUUAGAUAUCUGAAGUUGGCUAUCCUGUCACUUCUCAAUUUUCUUUUCUCCAGGCUAGAUAUGCCCUCAACCAUUCCUCAUCAGGCAUGGUUUCCAGACCCUCCUAAAAUGGUGAUGCCCAGAACUGGACACAGGACUCCAGGUGGGGUCUAGCCCAAAGAGAAUAGAGCAAUGCUAUGACUUCCCUUGAUUUGGACACUAAGACUUGAAGUCAUUUAGGGAAGGUGUCUUACAGCAUACCAGAUUCAGGUGGUCAGAUCCAGGAAAGGCGACCUUUGUGUGCUGUGCAAAACACUUAUGGACUCUGCUCCAAAACUGGGCACCCAGGGGUGAAUGCAGAGUACACGCAACAUAAUCUGAGCUGUCAAGGGGAACGCAACCCCAGACAAAAUGGGCUGAAUUCCCCCCUACCAGUCCCCCUCUGAGAACUCGGGGACAUUCAGUGAAGCUGAGUACUUGGAAGAUUCAGGACAGAAUUGUUUUAAAUGACUUCUUCACACAGUGCAGAGCUAAACUGUGGAACUCCCUGCCACAGGAGGCAGGGAUGACCACCAACUUGGAUGGCUUGAAAAGAGGACUAGACUAAUGAGGGAGAGGACUAUUGAUGGCUACUGGCCAGGAUAGUUCUGCUCCACCUGCACAGUCAGAGGAAGCAAUGCUUCCAAAUGCCAGUUGCUGGAGACCACAGGAGGAGAGAGGGCUCUUGUGUUCGAAUCCUGCUUGCAGGUUCCCCUUGAGGCAUCUGGUUGGCCACUGUGAGAGCAGGACGCUGGACAAGGUGGGCCAUGAGCCUGAUCCUGCAGAAAUCUUCUGGUUUCUUAUGUACCGUAUUUUUUGCUCUAUAGGACGCACCGAACCAUAGGAGGGGGAAAACAGGGGGGAAAUUCUCCCCCUCUCUGCUCAGCGCCCCUUCAGCAAAGCGGCACGAGAAGCGGAGCCCCUUCCAUUUCUCCUCCCGCUUUGCUGAAGGGGCGCUGCGCAGAGAGGGAAAACUGUGCAGCGCCUCUCCAGCGAAAUGAAGCCUGGAGAGCAAGAGGGAUCGGUGUGCACCGACCCCUCUCGCUCUCCAGGCUUCAGGCGGCUAUCCGCAAGCCUUUGGAGCACGGGGGGAGCUCCUGCUGCACUCCAAAGGCUUGCGGAUAGCUGCCUGAAGCCCCCGGAGUGCAGCGGGAGUUCCCUGCGCUCCGGGGGCUUCAGGCGGCUUCAGCGAAAGCAACGCGAAGCCUCCGGACCGCGGGGGGAGCUCUCCCUCUGGGCUUCGGAGGCUUUGCAUUGCUAUUGCUGAAGCCAAGGAGCCUGCAUUCGCUCCAUAGGACACACACACAUUUCCCCUUCAUUUUUGGAGGGGGAAAAGUGCGUCCUGUAGAGCGAAAAAUACAGUACUUUGUCUUUCUACUGAAUAGGAGUCGCCAUCUUCUUUGGCAAUCCCUCAUAGCUGAGUAAGAUGGCCUUCCAUAAACACGGUUUUAACAUUGAGUCCAUAAGUGACUGUGGAGGCCAAUUCUGGAUCCACACGUCCUUCCACAGUGGGGACAUUGGUUCGCGGGCGGGAGUUGAUCACGGUGUGGAUUUGCCAAGCAUACCUUCCUCUUAGCACGUUUCUCCCUUGCGUCCUGAGUUCGAGUGUCUCCAAAUCCCAUGACACCUUUGGUAAAGGACAGUAAUCAGCCAUCCUCACAACAUGACCAGUCCAACGAAAUUGAUGUUGAAGAAUCAUUGCUUCAACACUGGUGAUCUUUGCUUCUUUCCAUACACUGGCAUUAGUACACCUGUCUUCCCAAGUGGUGUGUUCUGGAGGCACUGUUGAUGGAGUCUUUCAAGGAGUUGGAGAUGAUGUUUACAAGUGGUCCAUGUUUCACAAGCAUACAGUAAUAAUAAUAAUAAUAAUAAUAAUAAUAAUCGCUGAAGAAUUGAUGCUUUUGAAUUAUGGCGCUGGAGGAGACUCUUGAGAGUCCCAUGGACUGCAAGAAGAUCAAACAUCUCCAUUCCGAAGGAAAUCAGCCCUGAGUGCUCACUGGAAGGAUGGAUCCUGAAGCUGAGGCUCCAAGACUGGCCACCUCAUGUGAAGAGAAGACUCCUUGGAAAAGACCCCGAUGUUGAGAAAGAUAGAGGGCACAAGGAGAAGGGGACGACAGAGGACAAGAUGGUGGGACAGUGUUCUCGAAGCUACCAGCAUGAGUUUGACCAACCUGUGGGAGGCAGUGGAAGACAGGAGUGCCUGGCCUGCUCUGGUCCAUGGAGUCACGGAGAGUCGGACACGACUAAACGACUAAACAACAACAACAACAAAUAAUUUAUUAUUUAUAUCCCACCCAUCUGGCUGGGCUUCCCCAGCCACUCUGGGCGGCUUCCAAAAAAAUAUUAAAAUACUGUAAUACAUCAACCACUAAGGUUGGUAGUACAGCUUUGCCCCCCAAAAUCUGGCAACCUUGCUUCCAGGAAUAUGUGCUACCAUUCCAACUGGAUCUAGGCCCCAAUGACACCCUUGAGAGUGCAGGCAGGCCGGCCAUUCGGAGCGGGAGAAGCCAAGGAACCUGAUGGAUCAAGCCCACUGCUCAGCGUGACAUUCUCAAAAAGGCAAAGCAAAAUAAGUUUAUACGAGCUGCCACUAGGAGGCAACCGAGGCAUCUUAAAUCUCUGAUUGUAGUGUCUUUUACUUGCUCACUGCUAUCAAGAGUGUUGAUGGAAAUUGGAAACAAAUGCUCUGCGAAGGCUGUAAUCCAUACAAUAAAGAGGGAUCGUGAGUUUGGAAACUUGUUUGAUGGAGGCCCCUCUUGGACUCCAGAUGAGGUUUUGUUCUCAACUACCCCAGCAAAAGGCUGGCAACUCGGUACAGACUUGGUCUUCUUUGGCGAUCCCUCGUAGCCGAGUCAGAUUGUCUUCCAUGAACACGGUUUUAGCAAUGAGUCCGUAAGUGACUGUGGAGGCCAAUUCUGGAUCCACACGUCCUUCCACAGUGGGGACAUUGGAUUCCGGGUGGGAGUUGAUCACCUUUGACUGGGCUUAACUGUCCAGCGGUCCUUUACCUUUUACCUUUACCUACCUGCAUGGGUCUAGCAUGUCUGUCUUUGUCCCUUGCAUUUUCACUUUCCAUGCUUUGGCCACAGAGCCUAGGGCUUGCCGAUCAGAAGGUUGGAGGUUCGAAUCCCCUCGACGGGGUGAGCUCCCGUUGCUCGGUCCCUGCUCCUGCCCACCUAGCAGUUCGUAGCACGUCAAAGUGCAAGUAGAUAAAUAGCUACCGCUCCAGCGGGAAGGUAAACGGCAUUUCCGUGUGCUGCUCUGGUUCGCCAGAAGCGGCUUAGUCAUGCUGGCCACAUGACUCGGAAACUGUAUGCCGGCUCCCUCGGCCAAUAAAGUGAGAUGAGUGCCGCAACCCCAGAGUCAGCCACGGCUGGACCUAAUGGUCAGGGGUCCCUUUGCCUUUAGCUGCAUGGUUCUAGCAUCUCUCUGUCUGUCUUUGUCCCUUGCAUUUUCACUUUCCCUGCUUUGGCCUCUCGGAAUUGCUAUCCUGGGCUCCUGCACCUUUUUCAUUUGCAAUAAAAUGUACCCUGAACCAGAUUUCUCUCCCCACACGGAAGAGGGCCAGCUUCUCCCUAAUGAUUAUGCGCAUGCCAUAAAACGAAGAGAAAAGUUGGAUUAAAAACCAAGCAGGUGUUGACACCACAUCUUCAGGACACCUUCCCCUCCUGUGACAGGAAGACUCACAGGAUUUGCAGGCUGUAAAUCAAUAGCAGUUUGUCCUCACCCGCUUGUAAUAGUGCAGAUUUAUUCCUGGUGAUUCAUCGCUUCAUUAUGGAAUUUACUACAGGGGACAAAUUAUUCCAUUCUCGGGAUGAAGAGGCUGCAGACAUGUCCCUGGUCUGUCUGUCUGUCUGUCUGUCUGUCUCUCCCUCUGUCUCUCUCUCCCCCUCCCUCCCUCUCUCUCUUUCUCACUCUCUCUCACACACACGGGGAGGGGGGUGGCUGCCUGAAGACCUCUAUUUUUGUUGUUGUUGUUGUUUAGUCGUUUAGUCGUGUCCGCCUCUUCGUGACCCCCUGGACCAGAGCACGCCAGGCCCUCCUGUCUUCCACUGCCUCCCGCAGUUUGGUCAAACUCAUGUUAGUAGCUACAAGAGCACCGUCCAACCAUCUCGUCCUCUGUGAACAAAGCGAACAGGUAAACUGUUUAAAAUAUCCAGAUUCCACACCUCAAUUCCCCAUCUGCAAAAUGAGAUGCCUGCCCCCAGACAGAAGGUUAAAACGAAAACACUUGUUUCAAAGCUCUCCAUGUCUACAGUAUAAUCCAACCCACAUAUUGCUAAUUUAAUGCUAUCAAGGCAUGUCUCUUCCUGUUCCACCAAAGCUCAUCACUUGCCCCACCUCCAGAAAAAGAGAGAAAAUAAUCUCCUGCAACUCUUUGGACACGAAAGUCAAAGCCGUGCAAACCACCUCCUGGACUGCCACUGCAAUAUCCCGUAUAAUGGCCUGUUUUCUCCCUCUCUUCCUCAUCGGAAUUGGAAUAUAAGGAAGGAGGUAUAUCAAGCUUCUGUUCUGUAAGGAGCUGAAGAAUGGUGCAUCUAUUUAUCAGAUUGCUUAAAAAAAUAGCAAGUCAGAUUUCGGAGGCUCUGGGGCAGGAAAGGAAAGCAUUGCAAGAGUAUAUUAAACAGCGCAUCAAAUAGAUAACAGCUAUCAGGUAUUGAAACCCAUCUCUCUCUCUCUCUCUCUCUCUCUCUCUCUCUCUCUCUCUCUCCAUGAGAGCCCCUCUCCAUGAGCUUGGGAGUGCAUAGGUGGAGCUGGGAAGCUCCUAUAAGCAGGGAGAAAGUCAGCUUGAAUUCAUCUAAAGGCAAACCGGCCUAAUUCACACUUUCUAAAACCAUAUGCAAUGCAAAGCAGAGCCGUCCUUUGAAAUCCCCUUGUCCCAGAUGUUGCGAUGCAGUUCUCCAGCCAACAACAAUGGCCUAAAAACAUUCAAACUCCCAGUAGCUUUCUAAACCUCUUGGUUGUUGUUGUUUAGUCGUGUCCGCCUCUUUGUGACCCCCUGGACCAGAGCACGCCAGGCACUCCUGUCUUCCACUGCCUCACGCAUUUUGGGCAAACUCAUGCUGGUAUCUUCGAGAACACUAUCCAACCAUCUCGUCCUCUGUCAUCCCCUUCUCCUUGUGCCCUCCAUCUUUCCCAGCAUCAGGGUCUUUUCCAAGGAGUCUUCUCUUCUCAUGAGGUGGCCAAAAUCUCAGAGCCUCCGCUUCAGGAUCUGUCCUUCCAGUGAGCACUCAGGGCUGAUUUCCUUAAGAAUGGAUCGGUUGGAUCUUCUUGCAGUCCAUGGGACUCUCAAGAGUCUCCUCCAGCACCAGAAUUCAAAAGCAUCAAUUCUUCAGCGAUCAGCCUUCUUUAUGGUCCAGCUCUCACUUCCAUACAUCACUACUGGGAAAACCAUAGAUUUACCUAGGCUUGUCUAAACAGGGAUGUUUACAGCAGGUGCCCACAGGAGUGCAGUCAAGGCUCCUGCUUGAUAUCAAUAGGCAGGGAGUUCCAGGGUGUAGGUGCUGCCGCACUAAAAUAUUGAGUUCCUACAAAUGUGGAGCGGGUCUUAUGUGCCUCCUGUAACAGGGCCAUUUCUGUUGACUGAAGCAGUCAAGUGGGCACAUUUCAGUAAGGCGAGGAGUCCGGCUGGUGAAGAAUCACGGGUGUCUCCCCCUCCUGCUGCGACAAGCUCCUCUCCCAGAACCAGAAGAGGCAUGAAAUGGGAGGAGCAAAGGCAGGCUGCCUGCAGGCAAAGUCUCCGAUUGCUUGGGGGAAAGCCCUGGAGAAGAGGGGACUUAGACAGCUGUGGGGAGGCAGGGACUUUUAGUCAUGGCAACUGAUCCAUGGGGAUAAGCUGCUGAGCUCAUUAAGCCUGACCCUCUGUCAAGUCUGUGUUUUCGCCACUGCUUUUUUCUGGGGGGAUGCAUACCCUUAAACAUUUUGUGAAUCUAAGUGUGGCUGCAUUGAGGGGCAGUGUUUCAAUAUGAGUAGGGAAAUGAGAGUAACAUUAUUUUUUAGGGGGAAAACACUGGUUUUCGCUAAUAAAAAGUGAACUCCAACUUGAGUGGUGUGAAGAAAUCAUAUAUAUAUAAAUUCAAAGUCCAAAUAUCGAGAUUACUCUGAUCUGAAUUUCCUGACUUCCCUCCAUCGCUUCCAUGGGUCCUACUGAUAAUAUUUACAUCUGCAUAUCAAUACUUAUCCAAUUUUUUAUCUUUCUAAAUUAUCCAUACUUUCCGUGUGGUUAAAAUCCUGCCAAUGUUUGAACUAGCUUGCAGUGGUCUCGUAAGUAAAUCAUAUACUUUCCCCGUCCCACUCUUUUGAAAAGUCCUUGAUUUCUGAGCUUCCCAGUUAAUUUUGCCGUUUUGCCACAGCCCAGCAACUUGGUUUUCCAUUCUUCUCUGGUGGGGUUGUCUCUUCCUUCCAUCUCUGGGCUAGGAGCAUCCGUGUGGCUGUUGCCGCGUACAUAAACAGUCUUUUCUGGUCCUUUGGUGGUGUGAACAUAUCCUCCCAGGGAGUGCGGCUCAGUAUUUCUGCUCCCCCCCUUUUUUUGAUAACAAUUUAUUAAUUUUCCAAAAAUGACAAAAAAAAAGAAAAAUCAAUACAAUAACAAUACAAAAACAAAGUAAAACAAAACAAAUAUAGAAAUUCAAAUCAUAAAUCUUGACUCAGAUGACUUCCCUCUGCUCCCCCUCUUGGUUCCAUUGUAUUAACUUAUUCAUGCGCAUCCAUAAGGCCUUAUACUCUUAACAAUCCAAUUUUCAAACCUUAUUCAUCUUAAUACAAGGGACUUUAAAAAGUUCUACUAAUACAAAAGUCUGUACACAACCCUUGAAAAAUAUGCUUUAAACAUUUCCCUUAAAAAAAAAAAAAAGAAUAUCCUCUUUCUUUCUUGGGUUUCAAAUUAUCUAAUAUGUCCUGCAUAGUUCAUUAAUUAAUUUUUGCCAGUCUUCUUUGGCAGUGGCUUCUUCCUUCUAUAGGGAUGGGCUGAUCUGUCAGCACUCAGAUGCAGGAACAAAAUCUUUCACUUUAUAACCCCAUCAAGUUUUGUGCAUCUCAAUACCAUGACUUCAGGGUUUUUUUUAUCAACAGUCAUUUUCCACAUUCUCUUCAAGUCUUUAUAUGUCUUUUCCCAGGCCUUUUUAAUGGUUUUACAUUGCCACCAGAUUCUUCUUCUUUGGCAAUCCCUCAUAGCCGAGUAAGAUGGUCUUCCAUAGACACAGUUUUAACAGUGAAUCCGUAAGUAACUGUGGAGGCCAAUUCUGGAGCCACACGUCUUUCCACAGUGGGGACAUAGGUUUCCAGGCAGGAGUUGGUCACGCCAAGCGUGCCUUCCUCUUAGCACAUUUCUCCCUUGUGUCCUGAGUUCAAGUGUCUUCAAAGCCCAUGACACCUUUGGUCAAGGCUGUUCUCCAACUGGAGCGCUUGCAGGCCAGUGUUUCCCAAUUGUUGGUGUUUAUACUACAUUUUUUUUAUAUUUGCCUUGAGACAGUCUUUAAACCUCUUUUGUUGACCACCAGCAUUACGCUUUCCAUUUUUAAGUUCGGAAAAGAGUGGUUGCUUUGGAAGACGAUCAUCAGGCAUCCGCACAACAUGACCAGUCCUGCAAAGUUGAUGUUGAAGAAUCAUUGCUUCAGCACCGGUGAUCUUUGCUUCUUCCAGGACACUGGUAUUAGUUCGCCUGUCUUCCCAAGUGAUGUGUAAAAAUUUUUGGAGACCCUGUUGAUAGAAUCUUUCGAGGAGUUGGAGGUGGCGUUUAUAAAUGGUCCAUGUUUCACAAGCAUAUAGUAAGGUUGGUAGUACAAUAGCUUUGUAAACAAGCAUUUUGGUUUCCCUGCGAAUGUCCUGGUCCUCAAACACUCUGCACUUUAAUCAGGAGAAAGCUGCACUCGCAGAGCUCAGGCGAUGCUGGAUUUCAGCAUCAAUGUUGGCCCUUGUGGAAAGAUAACUGCCUAGGUAGGAAAAGUGAUCGACAUUUUCCAACGUUACACCAUUGAGUUGGAUUUGUGGUGCUGCAGAGGGGUUAUUUUGUACUUGUUGGUGCAGCACUUUGGUUUUUUGGAAGUUGAGUGAUAGGCCAAGCUUUUCGUAAGCUUCUCUUAAGAUAUUUAGGAUGGUUUGGAGGUCAUCCGCCGAGCAUGCACACACUACGUUGUCAUCAGCAUACUGAAGCUGUAUGAUGGAAGUUACGGUAACCUUACUCUUUGCUUUCAGCCUGCUCAGAUUGAAGAGCUUUCCAUCUGUUCCAUAUAUGAUUUCUACUCUGGUGGGGAGUUUCCCUUCGACAAAGCGUAGGAUCAUGGCAAUGAAAAUAAUGAACAGAGUUGGGGCAAUGACAAUAAUAGAGUUGGGUCACCAGAUAUGGUAACCUCUUGUACUUUUUGCUCUCCCUUCCUGUUUUUCUCUGUCGUAGUCAAAGCCUCCCAAAUCAUUUCACAUGGGGUACAAUUUUUAUCUGCCCAACGGCUCUGCUAUUUCAACCCCAGCCCUCCCAGAACUUCCCAGUGCUGAAACAGCGGACCUCAGCCUCCUCCUGGAACAAACGUGGUCCGUUCAAUUAGCCGGGAAAUGGCUUCCAUGCCUGGCUGUCAAAUAUCUGUGGUGGAAGCAGAGGAGAGACUUAGGCAGGGGCUUAACCAUGCAGCCUGCACAAGGCCUCUAUUUACAAUGACAAAGUAAGGGACUCUGCGGCACGGCUAUUUGUCAAGUGGCUCAUUUGACAGCUCCUUCCACUUCAGGAGUGGCACCGUGAAAAAUCUCCUUAUUAGCAGAGACAGCGGCAAUGCUCUGCUCUCGCCCGCGCUGCCUCUCUCUCACAGUAACGGAUCAGAAGUCAUUGGACAGGACUUGUGUGCGUGCACCCCUCCUGUCCGUUCCUCCACACAACUCCAAUCCGUUAGGAGUCCAGCUUGUCCUCCAGCGACUCAGACCGAAAACAAUGUCAGUCCAAGGGCAGCUAAAGGUCGCGCAUCCAGCUUCAGCUGCAAUGGUGGAUGAGGCCCAGGACAUUUCCCAGACCUCGGACAGAGCUGCAUUGCACAGACGGAAGGAGAUGCUCCCAGAUCUCUUGCAAAGUUACAGGUGAUGCUGUUGUGUGUUCACAACACAUGUUUAUUUAAUGUAUUUUUAAUCUUUUGUUGGAAGCCGCCCAGAGUGACUGGGGAAACCCAGCCAGAUGGGCAGGGGAGAAACAAUAAGUUCCUCCUCCUCCUCCUCCUCCUCCUCCUCCUCCUCCUCCUCCUCUUCUUCUUCCUCUUCACAGCAGUGGCCUGUCUCUCGUGGAU